GCAAAUAUCACAACAGAUGUUGAAGAUGAAUUUACUUGUAAACAGCUGUGCCUUCGAGAUCCGAAAUGCUACACAAUUAACUUUGAAAAGACUCCAAGAAAAGGAAGAAAGUUUCAUAUGUGUCAAAUUUUCCACCUUGAUGGGAUUGGGGAAGAGCUUUCAUCACAAGAAUUUGACAAUUUCACCCCGAUGCUGAAGAAAGAKGUUCUAUCGUGUUCUCAUGCCAAGUCUCUUUGGUUAUAACAAAAGCGCCUAUUACGUCAUCGAUCCCGAUGGUUCCUUUGGUAAAAUAAGACCAUUCCAGGUUUACUGUAAUAUGACCAGUAAUGCUAGCAUUGGUGUUACCGUUAUAACCCAUAACAGUGCGAYCCGUAGCCUUGUGAGAGGAUUUGAGCCACAAGGGAGUUAUAGACGAGACGUGGUGUAUGAUGGGAUAUCUAGCAUCGACCAACUGCAAGCCUUGACAUCCAUCUCGAAACACUGCGAGCAGUUUAUCAAAUACGAGUGCUAUGGCUCAGUAUUCGAAUUUCAUCUUGCCAAGCCCUUCGCGUGGCUUGUCUCGCGCGAUGGACGUCGAUUAUUUUACUGGGGAGGUGCAUCACGUGACAGCAAGAAAUGUGCCUGUGGCAUGACAAACAGCUGCGUUAACAAAAAGGCGUGCAACUGCGAUGCAAACGACCACACUUGGCGAGAGGAUAGCGGCAUGUUAUCUUACAAAGAAGAUCUUCCAAUAAUAUCCCUCAGGUUUGGUGACACUGGCCAUGGACCAGAGAAGGGAUWCCACACGCUUGGCUCGCUGAGAUGUUACGGAAUAGUAGAUUGAACUCAGCCGCCACGUGUCAAGUGUUUAUUUUUUUAUAUGCACCACAGGAAGCCCAGGCAAAGUAUAAGUGGCCAGCGCUUUUGAAACAUAUACAUGUAAACAUAUUUACAUUGGCAUGUAUAAAAAUGUAUCCAAUCGGUGAUCGGGGGAAUUUGAAUAUUUCAGCAAAACGAACCUUUAUAUUUUCCAAUUGGCCUUUACCUAAACCAGGGGCUCCUGACCUAAACGAUCAAGAGACUGGGCACUAGAAAGAAAUGUAUGUACUGGAUGGACACUGUCCAUCCAAACCAUACAUUUCCUUGUAAUUUUCGAACAUUUUGAAGCUCCAUUUCUUACACAUUAUUUAACCAAAAAGCAACCAAACUUUGGAAUCUAAUUAAUUAGGUCAAUUUAGAUAACUAGUARCCAGUCUCCUGCUCGUUUAGGUAAAGYKCAAUAUGAGYAGGAUUUCAGGGAAUAGAUUAUAUGUUUACUGCAAAUAUAUGCGCAUAUCGCAAAAGUUCUSAUGU